AUGGAGCUCAGAUGCCCUUGACUCCGACAUCAUGCGAGGCAGUGAGAAUAUCUGUCUCUUCUGUCGACAUGCCCUCAGCUUACGCAGCUCCGCUCGCAGUGCAAAGAGAUUUGCUUCCACCCGUCAACGAGAACCAUAUGUGCUCCCUCGUCUUGUUAUCGACCUCGAUGCUGCAGACAGCAAAUAUGUACGAAAGAUCGAGGAAUUGGAUGAAUGGUAUCCCGCAUCUUCAACGAAACCACAUGCCAGUGCGAGCGCAGACAAGGGGGAGAGGCGGAAAUAUCAGCAAAUCCAUUUUCCAUUGAAGACAAUUCAAGUCACUCCGCCAGACUUACUUACUUUCGCACUCAUGGGAGAUCCAGGUCCUUGGAAUCGGAAGACACAGAAUUUACGUAAUAUAUUUCGCUAUCGAAAGAUUCAACCGACGGACGGCAUCAGGUCUAAAGCGAUCCAGCUCUCGUCCGAAUUUAUUUAUGACCCGGUGGAACGCCUUGAUGAAGCUGGGUACAUCAAACGGCGUGACGAUGCCUACGUUUGGCAGUUAAUGAGCUGCUCUGAAAGAGGAGGCUUCCUCGAACUGUCGCGCUUAAUAUCAAUGCUUUCUACCACUCAGGAAGGGUGUGCGUUUUUGGCUGCGAGGGCGGAGACAGUGAGGAAAGCUAUUCGACAAUGCAGGAAGACUCAGACGCAGGAAUUCCAACACACACUAGUAUCCUCCAAUGCGAUAGUCAUUCUCCUCAACAACUUGUGUAUCAGUCUGGCAGCUAAGGGAGUCAAAGUGAGCUCACUACUUUGUGAAGCUGGUCUGCACUAUGCUGCAAAGUCGUGGAACCUACCUUCUCUUCGCAGGUAUCUGGAACUUUUGUCCGAAGCCCCUCAAGGAGCAAGGCCCACGGUAAAAGCUCUUUCCACUCUUAUGCUACGGCUCGUGUUCGAACCGGAAAUGACAGCUGGUCCUAUGGGCGCCGCGGCCGUGAAGCUCAUUACUGGCUGGGAUCGGGAUGAGUCCCCAGUUGCAAAUAGACGCAGAGAUACUUCCUUCAUGUCUAUCUUCUAUCAAGUCGAGACGUUGAACUUCUAUGCUAGCUAUCUCGUGGGGUUAGCUGAGAUGGGGUUGAAGGAUAUACUGGUAGCAGAGUGGGAAGCCGAUGAGAAAUAUGCAAUCGGUCAAAGUUACUGGGCACAAAACCCGAGGUUGAAAGCCCAAGCUUAUGCCCUUGCCUUUCAGAUUGCUGGUGAUAGGGACUACGCCCUGUCUAUUCUAUUACCGGCUCUCGAAGUCCCUGGGGAACCAAUUCCCGUUGAGCUUGGUCAGCUUUCUGAGCAACAAUCAGAUGGAAACGACGAGACUAGCGAAAUUGAAAAUAACCUGCCACCAAAUAUUCGAAAGCUGCUGCUCAUGAUUCUGAGAAAUCAUUACCGGUACCAUAAUGUACGUCCAGGCGAAAGCCUUUCGAACGCUUUGAAAGAUUUCCAGGAAAAUAUACCGGAAGAUCCUUGGCAAUUCCUAGAUACAUUCGAGAAAUUUCUUGUUCGUGGUUACAAGGCUCCCUUUGGACCACCCCCGCUUUCUGCAAAGGAGAUUCACUGGCUUGAUGAAGCUGGAGUACAGGGAUUGGUAGUAUUGCCAGAAGUCGAUGGAAAUACCACUGCUCCUUUGUAUUGGAAAGCAGCGUCACAGGCUGUUGUUGUAUGAAAAAUGUAUAUUGUCUUGUACAGUACAAUAGACGAUAAAUCAUGGAUCGAUACCCAGCCAGUUUGACUACAAUCCACGUCUUUUACAUACAAAGUCCUCAGCUUUCGUCCAACUCUUGAUUCGCUUUCCAUUCAUAGUAGUCAUGUGGGCUGCUGACCCAAAGUACCGGGUACGAGGCUCACUGAUGUCAACCUCUUCCAAAAGCACUUCACAUCACAUCACAUCGUGGAAUAUCUGGUAUCAUUCCUUGAAUACAUUGAUAUCUCAGUGAUGACAUUACAAAUUAUUAUGGCAUUCAAGGAGGCCGCAGUUUUCCUUGAAGAAUGCGCCAAUGCAUGCUUUUCCACCGUGACGCCCAUUAUGCACUCCUUCAUCACACACGCACUUUUUCCUGAUUUCAUAACAGAUCAACCUUC